AUGAUCUCUCGACUUCUUCAGUCAAUCUUGCAUCCACAUUCUCGACAAAUUGUCCGUUUCAUUUUCCCACUAGCAGCUCCGCAGAUCUUUUCCGAACCUGUAACAGAGAUUCUGAGCAGUAACAGAGAGGUUCACUUACUCGCUGCUCAGAAUCUUGCCGAUCCGUUCUUCUGUGAAAUAGGUCUGCAGCCACGACCCGGUCUUCCGGAUAUUGCAGUCGAUUUGCAGGGCCAAAGAAGACCAGAUUAUGAAAUUGUGGUGAAACCUAAGCAACCUGUGCAGAAAGUUCCGGCUCCCGAGGAACGCCCUCAACCUCAACCCGAGCAACUUCCUCAGCCUUCACCCGAACCACGUCCUCAGCCUUCACCCGAACCACGUCCUCAACCAAGACCCUCUCGUCCACAGCAUCCUCAUCGCAGACCAGGACAACGACCCGAAAUCACCAUAGAACGUCAUCGUCACAAGUCAAGAGUUUCCGAAGGACGACUUGAACGUCCACGAAGGCCCGAGGUAGAAACUAUAGUGGAACCGGAACCACCAAGACGCGAUCAAAGGCCAUCACAGCAGCAGCAAUAUGAAUCGAGCAAAACAGAUGAGAGGAUAACUGGAAGACUUCCUCAAGAGCAAGCUCCCGAAGUUCGAAUGGAAAGACCAGAAGGGCGUCCGGAACAUCCUGAAGCUCAUGUAUUACCGUCAGAACCACAACCUAUAACUGGGCUGCAAACUCAGGAGCGAAUAUCUGAAGAAGCAAAACAACCUGAGCAGCAACCACCGUCUGUAUCGCAACAACAGCAACAGCAAUCACCAGCAUCAUCCUAUCCGCAAUAUCCACAGAAACCUGCACAAUAUCCAGAAACUGAACGACAACCGCACUACCGGGAACGGCCGACACCUGAGUCUCAUCUGCAACGAUACCCAGAACCAGCGCAUAGACCGUAUUCGUUGAGCGAAAAGGAUCAUGUG